UUGGAACAGAAGACAAUGUUGGCUUUAGAAAGCAAAGAUGAAACAAUAUUGUUGUAGUUGUGAAAGGGAAGCUCUCAUGUUCAUCCAUCAAUAUACUAAAAUUGCUAUUAAAUACUUAAAAAAAUUUGCAAAGGCAAAACAAGAAACGGAAAAGGGAAUAGAGAGAGAGAGAGAGAGAGAGAAAGAAAGAGAGAAGCCCACUUUGCCACUUUAAUAUCUUGCACGCAUCCAAAAUAUACCACACCACAAGACAAGACACAACAAGGAAGAAGAAGAAGAAGAAGAAGAAGACCAAGAAGAAGGUAUCGAGAGCAAGUCUGCAAUGCUCUUACCCUUUGAAGAGUUUCAAGGGAAGGGGAUUUCUUAUUUCUCUUCUUUCUCGUCUUCCUCCUUCUCCCAACCACCGCCCUCCCCCCUUUUGAGCCGCCGCAAAUCCAGAGGUGGGCAAGAAGAAGUCCAAGUUCCCGCUCCGGAGCCUAACUCUGUUCUGGACGCCCUCAGAAGCCCUACCUCCUCCUCCACGGUGUCUUCCUCUCACGGCGGUAACAGCGCCAUCGGAGGCGGCUGCGACGCCACCACCGAUGAGCAAUGCGGACAGAUUGUGCUGGGUGACUGGGAGCAAACCCCCCAUGACCACGAACAGAGCAUUCUCAGACUCAUCAUGGGAGAUUCCACAGAUCCCUCUCUUGAGCUUAACACCAUCCUCCAAACGUCUCCCACCUUUCCAGACUCUGAUUACACACCACCUGGUUUCGGAGUCGUCGACGCCGGAUUCGCUUUAGACCACCACUCAGCUCCACCGCUUCUGAUCAACCAAAGCCAGACUCACUACACACAGAAUCCGGCGGCCAUCUACUACGGCCAUCCACCGGCAAAGCGGCUCAACCCAGGCCCCAUGGGGAUAACGGAGCAGCUGGUUAAGGCAGCAGAGGUUAUGGAGAGCGGCGGGGACACGUGUCUAGCUCAGGGGAUAUUGGCGCGGCUCAAUCAACAGCUCUCUUCACCCGUCGGCAAGCCUUUGGAAAGAGCAGCCUUUUACUUCAAAGAGGCUCUCGGCAAUCUCCUCCACAACGUCUCCCAAACCCUAAACCCUUACUCGCUCAUCUUCAAGAUCGCCGCUUACAAAUCUUUCUCCGAGAUCUCUCCCGUUCUCCAGUUCGCCAACUUCACCUCCAACCAAGCCCUCCUCGAGUCCUUCCACGGCUUCCACCGCCUCCACAUCGUCGACUUCGACAUCGGCUACGGUGGCCAAUGGGCCUCCCUCAUGCAGGAGCUCGUCCUCCGCGACAACGCCGCUCCCCUCUCCCUCAAGAUCACCGUUUUCGAUUCUCCGGCGAGCCACGACCAGCUCGAACUUGGUUUCACUCAGGACAAUCUCAAGCACUUCGCCUCUGAGAUCAACAUCUCCCUCGACAUCCAAGUUCUCAGCUUAGACCUCCUCGGCUCUAUCUCGUGGCCUAGCGCGUCGGAGAAAGAAGCCGUCGCCGUCAAUAUCUCCGCCGCGUCCUUCUCGCACCUGCCUUUGGUCCUCCGUUUCGUGAAGCAUUUAUCUCCGACGAUCAUCGUCUGCUCCGACAGAGGAUGCGAGAGGACGGAUCUGCCCUUCCCGCAACAGCUGGCCCACUCGCUGCACUCGCACGGCGCCCUCCUGGAAUCCCUCGACGCCGUCAACGCCAACCUCGAAGCAAUGCAGAAGAUCGAGAGGUUUCUGAUACAGCCGGAGAUAGAGAAGCUCGUGAUGGAUCGUAGCCGUCCGAUGGAAAGGCCGACGAUGACGUGGCAAGCAAUGUUUUUGCAGAUGGGGUUCUCGGCGGUGGCGCACAGUAACUUCACGGAGUCUCAGGCGGAGUGUUUGGUCCAACGGACGCCGGUGAGAGGCUUUCACGUCGAGAAGAAACAUAACUCUCUUAUCUUAUGUUGGCAAAGGACAGAACUCGUCGGGGUUUCAGCCUGGCGAUGUCGCUCCUCCUCCUCCUGACUCCGCCGGAGAUUCAAAUUACAUAUUAAAACAUUUCUUUUAUCUAAAUCAAUUGAUUUCUAAUGACAUAUUUUUAGUUUCCGAUUUUUUAUUUGGAUCAGUGCGAUGGCACUAUUUUUAAUUCAAUUUUUUAUUUUC